UAAAAACUAUUGGUUGGGUGGUUAACAUGACUGGGCACCACAGUGGUAUGUGUGGUGUGUGAAUGCUCUCAGGAGUACCCCAAAGAUCGGUCUUUACGAGUUCUUUAGACUCUUUCCGGAGGGGUAUGACUGGCUUCGGCUGGGAGACCAAUAUUAUUCGGAAACACGCUUCUGAGGGUUCAUUUCAUCAUUUGGAGGGCGCGAAUCUGAGUCGACGCUAAGUAAGAUAAGCCAUGGCAUGCCUUAGUUUCCUCAAAAACAUCAUACCAGGUAUAUCCAACACACUCAUAUGCAAGGUAUUGAAUAUCCGCUUGGAGCUGAGUGAAGGAUUCCUUGUGCUGCGAGUGAAGGACAACACCAAAACUAAUAUUUUAUUCAGGAAGUUUCAACUGAGCUGUGUAAAACAAGAGAUCAUUGACAACAGUGUGCAGAUUGAUGUGUGGCAGACUUCCUCUCAUCAAGUGGACAUCUUGGUCAAGUGUACAGCCGAUGGAGUGGUGCCAUAUCUUAAGGAAGGGGCAACAGUGUGUCUGAACGGGGUGGAGUGCCGUGCUGUGCCAUUAGGAUCCACCAAUGUGGUGCAUGAGCUGUACCUCAACAACGAGAGUGGAAACAAACUGCGUGUCAUUCCUUGUGAUGACUUUAAAUUUUCUGUACAGGAAAGACUGGACAACGCACUGUACAUUGAUGGCAGAGCCUUCCUGGGAACCAUUGAGCUGAUCAAGAUCCGUAAUGGUUUGUGUUUUUAUCUGCUUUGUGAGGUGAUGAAGGUUAGCCGAGAGGAGAGCACAGGUCAUAUGGUGAUGAGAGUGAGAGACGCCACCAAAAUCAGGAUUGCAACAAAGAAGUAUGACGUGGACAACCACAGCCAGAGUGACAAAGAAGAGAGUUUUGAUAUUAACUCCAAUGCAGUAGAUAUUUUGGUCACUUCACCACCACAGAACCUCAGUGACUUGACUAAUAAAAUUCUAAAAUUGGGAAUAGUGAGAUGUGACAAAGUGUCUUGCAAUAAUCCUGACCUCAGAUACAUGCAUGUCCUCAGUGUUGAUGCAUCCCAGUCUUCUUUAUGGGAAUUAUCUGAGUCGCUGAGAUGUGUUGAGACCCUGAGAAGCAAGCUCAAUACUGAACGCUUACCCAAGAAGAAGAGGGCAAAGAAGAACUAGUGAGGAGAGGAAUCCAGUCUUAAGGAUAUCUUGCUGCCUGAAGAUGUCCAAAAGUUUGCCAUGGUAAAAUGAAGUCCCAGAGAAGAUGAGAAAGGAAAGCACAAGAACAGGCUGCCAGAGGAACUAGAUGAGAGGCAUUACUUGAGGAAAAUAUAUUAUUCUUGUUUCAUUUGAUACUUGAAAUAGAAGGAACAUUUGUUAUUGCAGGGAAGCUGAUGUAAUUUUGUAAAAUCAUUUCAUGUUCAUUUCUGUGUAAAAUGUACUUUGAAAAAUAAGCAAAUGAUAAAGCUA